AUUUUAUCCAUUUUACUGCACUUCUAUUUUUAGUUCAUUUUUUACAUUGAUUUUAUGACCUUCAGAGACGAAUUUAACUGUUAGCACGGCUUGCUUCAUCUGGUUUUUACUUCAUUGGCUCUCCUUCCAUGUACCAUAACAACUGAUAACUGCAGUUCUAUCCAGCUCACUAAUUUAAAUAGGAAAUAGCCGUUUUUGUACAUAAUUUUAUAAUUAAAAGUUGUUUGAAAAGUAUCAUAAUAUUUAAUUCAUUUUUACAUUUUAAGGAAUCUCUAAAUCACACAUGUUUCAAGUUGUUAAGGAUAUCAUCUCUUCUGUUUCCAUUGAACCAAACUCCGACUCCUCCUCUUCGGACUCGUCACAUUCAUCAUCCUCCGAUCUCCUCGACACCGCUGAUCAUCAAAAUAGAGCUGAUCUGUCAAAAGGUGGCAAAGUUAAUGCAGAUCCGGAUGUUGAGAAUUUAAGCUUAAAAUUUGAUACAGUGAUGAAGUUGAACAAGGAAGAAGUAAAUCACGUGGCUGAAAAUGCCCCUGAAAACAUUGAUUCAAAAGCCACUGAGUCUCCCAGAAGAAGAUUCUUUUCACGCAAAUCCUCGCAAUCUCCCCGAAAAUCACCAGAAUCACCCAGGAAAACGAAAUCACCCAGAGAUUCAGAAGAUUCGCCUAAAAAAUCCACCGAAACAUCUAAAAAAUCUGAUGAUUCUCACGGUAAAACUAAACCAUCUGGAGACUCGGAGGGAACACCUAGAAGAAGAUCCAUAUUUUCAAGGGACUCUGCAGAUUCUCCCCGAAAAACUAAGUCGUCCAGAGAAUCAGAUUCGCCUAGAAAAUCAAUAUUUUCAAGGGAUUCACCUAGGAAAGCUAGAUCAUCACGCGAAUUCACUGGAACACCUAGAAGGCUAAGCGGCAGGUUUUCAAAGGAUAAACAUGCACCCCCUCUUGAUACGUUUGUGUUGACCACUGAGGAAACAGUUGAUGAGUAUUUGAAUAAAUUUUUGGAAAGCAUAGUCGUACGCUUCUAUGAAAAUAAGCCCUUUGAGGAGUACAGUAAAGUUCGAGAUUACAACUUCGGAAAGUCAAAACUGGAGCUUUUAAGCAAGUACAGACCGAAUUCAAAUUUAAAAGAGUUUAUAGUGAAUGGACAAAUUGAGGUUCCGAUGGAGAAUUUGCUGACCCUGGUUAUGGAAAUUAAAAACAGAACUAUUUGGGACGACACUUACCUGGAACACGAAAUGUUAAGCUUUGACGAGAAAACGAAAACAGACUUCAUUUACUCUGUUUCAAAGUACCCUUUCCCUCUCACAAAGCGUACCUAUGUGGUCACGAGAACUUGUUAUAACUACGGCGAUGAUUGUCUGGUGAUUUUGAGUGCAGCUACAAACAAGUUUCCGCAUCCAAAGAAGCUUAGGUGGGCCACUCAAGUUGAUGAGUUUGAGAGUCUCCUGGUGGUUAAAAACUGUGAACCGGAACUUGUGGACGGUGUAAAGAGGGUUACCCGCUCAUACAUGCUUGCCACUUACUUUGAAAACCCCAAAGUUUUACUCCCAAACUCUUACCUUAACCUUAUCAUUGGACAGCUGGUGCCUGGAAUUCUCUCAAAGAUGGUUAUCGCAUCUAAAAAGCUCAACUACCAAGACUCCGUUGAUUAUGUAAAAACCAUGAAAUUAGUACCGAUUCCAAAAUGACACACUCUAAUAUUCUAUCAUACACUA